GCGCGGAUCGGGGCUGGUGGGGAGGAGAGGAAGCGGGGCACAAAAGCACAAAAUUAGCAAGAAAGAAGUGGGGGGGAAAAUGGCGAACGAUUCUCCGGCCAAAAGUCUGGUGGACAUCGACCUGUCCUCCCUGCGGGACCCAGCUGGGAUUUUUGAGCUGGUGGAAGUGGUUGGCAAUGGCACCUACGGGCAAGUGUAUAAGGGCCGACAUGUCAAAACAGGUCAACUGGCAGCCAUCAAAGUCAUGGAUGUUACUGAGGAUGAAGAAGAAGAAAUCAAGCUGGAGAUAAAUAUGCUAAAGAAGUACUCUCAUCAUAGAAAUAUUGCAACCUACUAUGGUGCUUUCAUUAAAAAAAGUCCUCCAGGGCAUGAUGAUCAGUUAUGGCUUGUUAUGGAGUUUUGUGGAGCAGGAUCUAUCACAGACCUUGUGAAGAACACAAAAGGGAAUACUCUGAAAGAAGACUGGAUAGCAUACAUCUCAAGAGAGAUUCUCAGGGGCUUGGCACAUCUCCAUGCCCACCAUGUGAUUCAUCGGGACAUCAAAGGGCAGAACGUAUUGUUGACAGAAAAUGCAGAGGUGAAGCUGGUGGAUUUUGGUGUGAGCGCUCAGCUGGACAGGACAGUUGGCAGGAGAAACACUUUUAUUGGAACUCCUUACUGGAUGGCUCCAGAAGUUAUUGCCUGUGAUGAAAAUCCUGACGCUACAUAUGAUUACAGAAGUGACCUCUGGUCAUGUGGCAUUACAGCCAUUGAAAUGGCAGAAGGUGCUCCCCCCCUCUGUGACAUGCAUCCAAUGAGGGCGCUGUUUCUUAUACCAAGAAAUCCUCCUCCACGGCUAAAAUCCAAGAAAUGGUCAAAAAAGUUUUUUAGCUUUAUAGAAGGUUGUUUAGUGAAAAACUACAUGCAGAGGCCUUCUACAGAACAGCUUUUAAAACAUCCUUUUAUACGUGAUCAGCCAAAUGAAAGGCAAGUCCGAAUCCAGCUGAAGGACCAUAUAGACAGGACCAGAAAGAAGAGAGGAGAGAAAGAUGAGACAGAGUAUGAAUAUAGUGGAAGUGAGGAAGAAGAGGAGGAAGUGCCUGAACAAGAAGGAGAGCCGAGCUCCAUUGUCAACGUGCCUGGAGAAUCAACCCUCCGACGUGAUUUCCUGAGGCUGCAGCAGGAAAACAAGGAGCGGUCCGAGGCCCUUCGGAGACAGCAGCUGCUCCAGGAACAGCAACUCCGAGAGCAAGAGGAAUACAAGAGGCAGCUGCUGGCAGAGAGACAGAAACGCAUAGAGCAGCAGAAAGAGCAAAGGAGGCGGCUGGAAGAGCAACAAAGAAGAGAACGGGAAGCUCGAAGGCAACAGGAGCGUGAGCAGAGACGGAGAGAACAGGAGGAGAAAAGACGGCUAGAGGAAAUGGAAAGGAGACGUAAGGAAGAAGAGGAGAGGAGGAGAGCAGAGGAGGAAAAGAGGAGAGUAGAGAGAGAGCAGGAGUAUAUCAGGCGACAGCUAGAAGAGGAGCAGCGGCACUUGGAAAUUCUUCAGCAGCAGCUGCUCCAGGAGCAGGCCAUGUUACUGGAAUACAGAUGGCGAGAAAUGGAGGAGCAUCGACAAGCAGAGAGACUCCAGCGUCAGUUGCAGCAGGAGCAAGCCUAUCUCCUGUCGCUGCAACAUGAUCAUAGGCGGCAGCAGCAGCAGCAACAACAACAGCAGCAGCAAGAAAGGAAUAAACAAAGCUAUCAUACCCCUGAGCCAAAAGCCCAUUAUGAACCUACUGAAAGAGCACGUGAGGUGGAGGAUAGAUUUAGAAAACCUAAUCAGGGGUCCCCAGAAGCACAGUCUAAACAGACGGGCAAAGUGUUGGAGCCACCAGUGCCUUCAAGAUCAGAGUCUUUUUCCAAUGGGAACUCAGAACCUGUUCAGCCUGCCCUGCAAAGGCCAAUGGAACCCCAGGUACAGUGGUCCCAUCUGGCAUCUCUCAAGAACAAUGUUUCCCCUGUCUCGCGAUCCCAUUCCUUCAGUGACCCUUCUCCCAAAUUUGCACAUCACCAUCUUCGUUCUCAGGACCCAUAUCCACCUUCACGCAGUGAAGUGCUAAAUCAGAGUUCUGACUCUAAAUCGGAGGUACCUGACCCCACCCAAAAGGCUUGGGCUAGAUCAGACAGUGACGAGGUGCCUCCAAGGGUACCUGUAAGAACAACAUCUAGGUCUCCUGUCCUGUCCCGUCGAGAUUCUCCACUGCAGGGCAGUGGUCAGCAAAAUAACCAAGCAGGUCAAAGGAAUUCCACAAGCAAUAUAGAGCCUCGUCUGCUAUGGGAAAGGGUUGAGAAGCUUGUACCAAGACCAGGCAGUGGCAGCUCUUCAGGUUCAAGCAACUCUGGCUCUCAGCCAGGUUCCCAUCCGGGAUCGCAGAGUGGCUCUGGUGAACGGUUCCGAAUGAGAUCGUCAUCCAAAUCUGAAGGCUCUCCAUCUCAGCGUCAUGAGAAUGCAGCCAAAAAAACAGAAGAGAAGAAGGAAGUCUUCAGACCCCCCAAGCCUGCUGGAGAAGUGGAUUUAACUGCAUUGGCAAAGGAACUGCGAGCAGUUGAAGAUGUGCGACCCCCGCAUAAGGUAACAGACUACUCAUCAUCCAGUGAGGAGUCUGGGACGACAGAUGAGGAAGAUGAUGACAUGGAACAGGAGGGAGCAGAUGAAUCUACUUCUGGGCCAGAGGAUGCCAGAGCAGUGUCAACUCUAAACUUGAGCAAUGGUGAAACAGAGUCAGUGAAAACCAUGAUUGUUCAUGAUGACGUGGAGAGUGAACCUGCCAUGACUCCUUCCAAGGAGGGUACUUUGAUCGUUCGACAGAAUACAGUUGACACAAAGCGUGCCAGCCAUCAUGAGAGCAAUGGCUUUGCCGGUCGCAUUCACCUCUUGCCAGAUCUCUUACAGCAAAGCCAUUCCUCCUCCACUUCCUCCACUUCCUCCUCCCCAUCCUCCAGCCAGCCGACACCCACCAUGUCCCCACAGACACCCCAGGACAAGCUAACUACUAAUGAGACUCAGUCCGCUAGUAACACGCUCCAGAAACACAAAUCUUCCUCCUCCUUUACACCUUUUAUAGACCCCAGAUUACUACAGAUUUCUCCAUCUAGCGGGACAACUGUGACUUCUGUGGUGGGGUUUUCUAGUGAAGCAAUGAGGUCAGAAGCAAUAAGGCAAGAUCCCACCAGGAAAGGGUCAGUUGUCAACGUGAACCCCACCAAUACACGACCACAGAGUGACACCCCAGAGAUUCGCAAGUACAAGAAGAGAUUCAAUUCUGAGAUCUUGUGUGCUGCCUUAUGGGGAGUUAAUUUGUUAGUGGGUACUGAGAGUGGUCUGAUGCUGCUAGACCGAAGUGGUCAAGGGAAAGUUUAUCCACUAAUCAAUCGAAGACGAUUCCAGCAGAUGGAUGUACUAGAAGGGCUGAAUGUCUUGGUGACGAUAUCUGGGAAGAAGAACAAGUUGAGAGUUUACUACUUGUCCUGGUUAAGAAAUAAAAUUCUUCAUAAUGAUCCAGAGGUAGAAAAGAAACAGGGUUGGACAACUGUGGGCGACUUGGAAGGCUGUGUGCACUAUAAAGUUGGCUGAUUCCAGAGAGCACCUAAAGCAACCAUGAAAGGAAUUUCUUGUUACCUAUACUGUGAAUGGAUUGGCAGAAAGAAAAGAAUACCAGACUAUUCAUAGCAUCUGAUGAAGUUGCUGCCUACAAAUGCUUAUUUUUCUUUGAACCAGUUAGUCUCUAAGGUGCCACUCUCCCAUACCUUCUGCCUAAUUUCAGACUACACUGCUGAUCACCUCUGUCUGGUAGGGGUUCUGUAUGUGAACAUCAUCUUGUAUAUGCUUUCAAGACAGACAAAGGUAAACAAAAGCCCAGUUUUAGAGACAGAACUAGUCCAAUUGAAGAAGCCUGUGCAUGACUUGUUUUACAUGACUAGGCCAUUGUGCAUCAGCAACUGUACAGUUCUUGGCAGAGAAGAAACCUGUGUCCAGUGGCAAGGAGAUUCAAGACGAUUGGAGUUACUCUUCCACUGCAUCCUUCAUCUGUCUUCACAGCUGUUGAGAAGUAUGCCAUCUUCAUGUGCCUGCCCCACUGUGGAGGUCUUUGUUAUCUUGAACUGCUCUUCAUCUGAUACCUCACCUUUGACCUUACCACCAUGGGUGACCCUACCAGGAGUACAAGACUCAUGAUGGUAUUGCUCUUGGGGUCACUGGUACAUGCAAACCUCUCCACCCCAUCAAGGUGGCAGUCUGUGGAGGGGUGACAGAACUAGUUUGACUGAGGACUUGAUUUUUUUUGUCAUUAGAGGUUUUUCAAAUCUUUAACACUUACAGUUCAUGAUUCUUACUACCCUACUGAUUAAGGGGAGUGAAACUCUUUGAGAAGAACAUCUCCAUAUCCCUUCUGCAUACCAGGAAGAACCAAUUAUUGACUUGUGUAUCAUUUAAAAGAAAGUAUAUGUUGGAAGUAUUUAAAAUCAAUUUUUAAAGAAAUAUACAGUGUUUCCUUAAAAAUCCAUGCUGUGUCUGAACGUGAAAAAUUGUUUUAUGUUCAGAAAGUACUUGCUACAACAUUUAUAAGAAAAAUGAAGAGAACAUAAGAUAAAUUCAAAACAAAAAACCUUUUUGUCCAGACUAAUAGCUCAUGAGCUGCUAGAGGCUCCUAGACACCCAAUACCUCUUUGAUGCAACCAGCUCUCUGAUGUUUGACUCCAAACAUUGUGCCAGGGCCACGCUCAGGAUGGCUUCUCACUGAGUACUACUGAGUGCCGUUUUGAUUUGUUGGUUUUCAUCACUGAGAAGAUUUUCUUGCUACAUGUGCCUGUGAACAUGAAUAACAUUCUUGAUGUGAAGGUUUUUAUUGCUGGUUCUCCCAGGUAGUGGUAAAAUUCAUGAAUCCUGACUGUUGAUGGAAGAUAAGGCAGGAUGGUACCUUGGGCCUCUCGCAGACAUGACUAACCAGUUAAUCAUGUCUUAAAUAGUAACCUGGCCCAUGCCCAGGCAACUGAUGGUGCAAUAAAUGAGAAAUUAAGCCACAAAACUAUUCUGCAGAACGUGUAAUAAUUUUGUCGUUGGUUUCCAUUGUACCUUAAAUUGAACAUGUGGCAGGUGGACUGCACUGGAGUCUCUGACUGGUAGUAGUGUGGUCACAGCUAGCCAUUGAUCAGCUGAUCGUUGUUGGACUAUACUGGGGUUCAAACUAGCCCUGGUGCAGUCCCUGCUGACCAGGCAUCCAGCCAGCCUUCAGCCUGCUGGUGCCAGGGGAGCCUCGAAUCAUGCCCCCGGGCUUCCCCUGCAUUAGUAGGUAGGGUACAAUUGAGAUCUAAUCUCCAAUCCCAAAAUCACACUUCCUGCCAUGCAUAUGUGGCAUGAUAGGAGGCACAGUUGUUGGGACUGGUGGUCAGAUUCCAUUGUACUUUUAAGUGAAUGUCUGUCAUUGGCAUUAGAGACCAUGCUAAAUAUCAGUGAGUUCCAUUUGCAGCCUUUCAGGAGCAUAUUCCAUAAGAACAGAGAACAGGGGCUGAAAAGUCUGAACUCUACUUCAUGACUCCAAAAGUCAGAAAUUCUGUCCUGGAAUCAGCAGGUUUGACCAUGUAGUUCUCCAUGCUCUUACCACCUUCAUUCCCAGUGGCAUUGAACAGUGAUUCCAAGGUGGAGAACUGUGCUGCAUUGCAUCGAGAGCUGUUUAUCCCAAAGAUGGGCUGCAUUUCUGAGGCAUGCGUACUGUUGUAAAAUUCCGUCAAAACUUGGUUCUGACUCCUCAUUCUUGUGUUCUGCAUAUUCAUAUGUUCAAAGACAACCCUGCAACUCAGCUAGCAUACUUCAGCAUAAUACAGCACCUGUACUGAGAAUCACCUUUCUCCAAGAACUGGUUGAAUUGUGAAAGGCUGAGAGCCCUGGCUCGCAUGAAAUUCACUGUUUUUACUACAACAUUCAUCAUGUGGUCUGUGCCAAGAGUUUUGGUAAAGCGUUUCCUGAUUCAGAAUGCAAUGAAAAACGCAAAUGCUCAUGGCUGGCAUUGAUGCUCUUCACUGUCUCUUGAAACACUCGCUGCCCUUUUCUAGUCCAUACCUAAUUUGUCCAAAGUUGGUGUCACUGUUGAAAAUAUCUUUUAUAGGUGUGUCUUUCAUUGGCACAAUCUCCAGACUCCUCUGUUGCAUUCAUACCUUGAUCAACAGUCCUCAUUGUGCCGUGUCACUCGCAUCUGGGCUUUCAUCAGUUGCUGUUGAAAAAAGGAGCAAAUGCAUUAGCUUUGGUGCAAAGCUGACUAUGCAGAAUACCAAAAUUGUUUGACGCCCCCAUCUUAAACAAUAGGGACAAUAGCUGCAAACAGAGUUUUACCAGAUGACCAGUCCUCGAAUUUGUGAACUUGCUACAUUAUAACAUUAGGAGCAUAUUACUGUUUUUGAUAAAUGUAUUUUUCCUUGAACAUCAUGAACCAAAUGACAGACAUUACUGCAUUGUAACUUCUGUUUCUGGGGGAAAAAACAACCCCCUUUUCUCUACCCACUUCCCCAAAUCCCUGAAACCCAAAACUUCAUAAAACUGGCAAGAAAUGGACAAGAAUGUUGCAUGUUUAUAUGGUAUUUUUCUUUAAUAAAAAGAUCGCUAUUCAUUUUACUGAUUGGAGGAUAUUUUCGUUCUUUUUUCUUUCUCCCAUUGUA